AUGGUGGCUGGACCCAUAUGCAGAGCCGACAUCUGUGAGAUUACGGAGGGAACACUGCCUUGGAAUGUACUUGAAGCACACUCAGUGCAACUCGGAACCAAGGUGCUCGUCCAAGUUGAGGAUAUAAUAAACAUUGCCUCUUCCGAUCCAAGGUCCAAGACCUCUCCAACAGUGCUCCAAGUUACCAUUACUGACGGUUGUACCGACUUUGUUGCUGUUGAAUUAGAGUCCCUGCAAAGGAUAUCUUUGCUCACAAUUCCCGGCACAAAAAUUAUUCUUCAUCCGACAACAUUGGUGCGACGGGGUCGCGUUUUCCUCACCUCGAAGGACUUCACAUAUUUGGGACCGCCUCCGUCCAACGUUUGGGGCUCUGCGUAUAACGAGAAAAUAUCUUCUGCGCUGAGCUCAGCUGGUCUCCCAAACCCAAAGACAUCCACGUUUGAUAGCAUAUCAAGAGACGCUGCACAGAGCGGAGUUAGACUAUUCCCCGAUCUAGGCGGCAUCUCCGACGCACGGAUUCUUGUAGAUGAAAAUGACGAAGAGGACGAUGAUUUCUGGGCAGAAGCUGCAGAACUGGCUGAUAUUACUCCGUCAAGAAUCAAUGCCGGAACAAGAAAUAAAUCACUUCAGGAACGGGAAUCGGGUAGAAGCGACCGGAAUGACAGACAAAGUGGACUCACUGCAACUGUGGCAGAGGCGCCGAGAGCUGAUUUAACAACAUCCAAUGUCCCUUCAUCAGGCGCUCUAGCUGAUGAAGUUCCUACUAACAACGCCAACUCAGGACCGAUUGUCAUAGACGACAGCAGCGAAGAAGGGUCUCUGCAAAUGGGCAUACCAGCAAUGCCGCCGAUGGAAACAGAGGAUCAUACUGCACAUGGGCAGUCUGAAUAUCCUCCUCACUUUGGCAAUGAAUUCAUUGAGAGUGAACCCAUGGACGUUGAUGAUCUAGAAGAACCGCCCAUGCCUCUAUCGCGCUUGGAAGACUUGGGAAGUGAUAGAAUGUCUAAUGAAAGCCGUUCUGUUUACAGAGCGUUCGUUACUAGACCUGUAUCAAAGCGGAGAACCAUCAGUUGCAGAGGUAAAACUAUGGUUUCUGUUCCGUUUGAUGAUGGGACAGCUAUUGCAAACCUAUAUCUGGACGAAAAGACCAUAAAGAAUCUCGCCAUGCCUGGAUCUUCUUCCGAGCACUCAAAUCGACACACAAAUCGACAUAACAUAGAUGGUCUUUCAAGUCAAGGUUCCCAGCAGUUGCAUAAGCGACCGCGUGGGGUCACAAAAUUCAUUGAGGUCAGCCAUGAAGAUGUCAAUGCUGUUGUAUCGCUAUCGGCAGCGCCUUUGAACGGAUUUGUACGUGAAGUGCACCCAAUCACCCUAGAAUUGGCUUACUACAUUCUUCCUAUUCGUCUAACCCUUCUCCGUAUUUCUAUCAUUCGCACAAAUAUCUUUUCAACAUUGUACUGCUUUACUGCUUUACUGCUUUACUGCUUAAAAGGCGACCUUUCUAGGUGCAUACGCGGAUAA